AUGCGGCAACCCAUCGGAUUCGAAGACUCAAUGCAUCCAACUCAUAUCUGUAAACUUCGCAAAGCCAUUUACGGGCUUAAACAAGCACCCAGGCAAUGGCAUACCACAUUUACCGAGCAUCUACUACGCAUUGGAUUUCAGCACAGUAAAGUCGACCCAUCCCUGCUCACAUUCACUCAGAACAGCAAUCGCAUUUUUCUUCUAGUCUACGUCGACUACAUUUUAAUCACAGGUUCAAGCGAACAAACCAUUGCUGAACUUAUCACCAAACUCAAUGAUCAGUUCCACAUGAAAUAUCUGGGACAAGCAAAACAUUUUAUGGGGAUAACUAUAUCCUCGGAACCAGCUAAGUAUUUCUUAUCUCAAAAAUCAUACGCUCAAUCCAUUCUAGCUCAAGCUAAUCUUAUCUCGUGCAAAUCUCUUGCUAAUCCCUCAUGUACUAAGUUACAAUCGCAAUUGACGCAGGAUCAGGAACUGACGGAUCCAAAUAUCUAUCGACGCAUUACAGGUGCUCUACAAUAUCUCACGAUCACGCGUCCGGAUAUAGCAUACGCCGUCAACAUUCUAUCACAAAAUAUGCACAGUCCGAGCACUCAACACUCAUACCUGCUCAAGCGACUUCUCAGAUACAUACAGGGAACGAUCUCCUUCGGCCUACCUAUCAUAAAAUCCAACCUGCAUCUUCGAUCCUUCUCCGACGCUGACUGGGCUGGAGAUCCGCUGACACGCAAGUCCACAUCAGGAUACUGUACCUUUCUCGGAGCUAAUCUGGUAUCCUGGACCGUGAAAAAGCAGAAAACAGUCUCACGCUCGUCGACGGAAUCGGAAUACAGAGCGUUAGCUGCUGCUACCGCAGACAUAUUAUGGCUCCAACGGCUGAUUUCAGAUUUCGGGAUCACUUCUGCCGAGCCGACUCAAUUAUUUUGUGACAAUACAUCGGCCAUUGCUCUUGCUCAUAACCCGGUGUUUCAUGCUCGAACAAAACACAUUGAAAUCGACCACAGAUUUAUUCGAGACAAUAUUCAGAACAACAAUAUACAUCUACAACCUAUAAGCACAAUCGACCAAAUUGCAGAUAUACUCACCAAACCGUUGUCCAUGGCUCGAUUCAAAAUGCUAAGGGACAAACUAAUGAUCACGUUGGGAUCAUAA